CCAGUCCUUUGACCAAUGGAAAUCUCGCAGAAACGCAUCAUCACCAAUCGGAGGUUAAACAAUGUAUAUAUUUGAACUUCAGGGCACCACAAAUGAGGAGGUUGAGCACUGCUUGUAAAUUUCAGUGUUAAGAGUACAGAAAAUAUCACGCAACCUUUUAGCACGGGAUCAGAAAACAGAAAAUCCCAAAUAAAGACACACAGAGACAACCCCAGUGAAACAUUAACAUCAGCCCGGCUCUGCUCUGCUCGCGCGCUCUCUCUCUCUCUCUCUCCUCAUGUAUGUACUUACUACUCUUCCCUUCAUGUCGGGAAUUGUCUGCUUUUGAGAAGAGAUCAACUGUGGCAAAGACAGAAUUGAAGACAAACUGAACAAGUUCUUUGAAGCUUUUUUUGGUUGGGUGCGUGCGUGUGUGGCCAAAACUGGAUAUUGGAAUUCUCUCUGUCUCUGUGGGAGAAUUUCCAAAGCAACUAUUUUUCACAUUGCUCAAUGGGAAAUAGAUUAACACAUGGACAAUCAAGAAAUGUGACUGCAAAAGAUUAUGAAGAUUCGGAUAUGGGGAUACCCGGCCUUUUUGCAUUAAUAGUGAUGUUACUGGGUUACAUAAAACCAACAAAGCUGUCUCCACCUCAUUCUAUCUGUGACAGCAGGAUAUUGGACAAGUACAUCAAAGAGGCGAAGGAGGCAGAAAAUGCAAUGAAACAAUGCAACGACACGUUCAGUCUCCCAGGAAAUGUCACGCUUCCAAAAACCAACGUUAACUACAGAGAAUGGGCAGAAAAGGACAUGGGAAGGAAGGCAGAAGAGAUUCAGACUGGCCUCAAACUACUAACAAACGCAAUCGAGAUGGCCCAGAAUGUGACUACAAACAGCAACAGAUUACAUGUGAUAGAGAAGAGCUACAGUAAUAUUCGCAGUGUAACACAGAUGGUGAAAAGUUUAACUAUGCCGGACUUGGCUCAUCAGGAAGUUCAGCUACUGGAAACCUUCCACACAAGAACGCUGAGAGCCAUUUUCCACGUGUAUUCGAACUUCCUACAAGGGAAAUAUCUAAGGUCGUUUUUUUCCCCCCCUCAUGACACCCACCGUCGUCGCAGCCGCAGCCGCCGCCGGAAAGGAGCCAACGCUCGCGCCCCGCAUAAAGAUGGCGUCGCCGAGGGUGACGCGCUCCCAUUGGUCAGGAUCAGUGACGUUCGGUACGAGGACGCCUGGCUGCGAUUGGUUCUAAGCGGACGCCUGAUUGGCUGCAAGAGGAAGCCUGGCGACGACGGCUGGUUGCAAGAGGAAACCGGUUGGUGA